ACCAGUCGGCGCAGCCCCCUUCCUCCUCCUCCUCCUCCUCCUCGUCCUCGUCCGGUAGGGUUUUUCGGCUGCCGCGGGCUCGGUCGCCCCCCGUCCGGCGACCAUGAGGUUGGUCGGAACGGAGGUGCCCGUCAUCGGCAGCGACUCCGUCAAGUGGAUCGAGCUCUCCGUCCCUUCCCCUCCCGCCGGUCGCGACGCCAUCGCUCCUCUCCCCGAGGAUUACGCUUCCUGCUCCGCCCUCGCCGAUCCUCCUUCGUAUCUCAUCUGGAGAAUCCACAAGGCUGCUCCUCACGCCCUCGAGCUGCUCCACGUCUCUCCGCAGCAGGAGUUCCCCAGGACGGGGCUCCGCAUUUUGUUCUCCGAUGCCCUCUCCCCUUUCGCUUUCGUCUGCCCCAAUGAGUCUAAUUCGGGUUCUCGAAGCCCUUACCUGCUCUACGCGAUGACCGCCUCUGGAGUUGCGUACCUGUUCCAGCUUCGGCACUUAUCGAGUUACGCAUCCUCCGCUUCUUCCGUCUUCCCGGCAAGCGAUUUCGUCGAGCUCGACGUCGGGACCUUCUUUAGCCGGGGGAGGAUAACGAGCAUCGCGGCGACUUCAGGGUGUCUUUUGCUUGGCACUGAUGAUGGAUCUCUCGUUUCUCUAAAGCUCGGCAGCCUUCUUCCCACGGAACCCGGGUUUCUGCAGGAGCUGCGAGAUGAUUCUGGAAUUGGUCGAUUGUUGGGUUUCAUGUCGAGGGUUAAGCCGGCGGGAGCUGUGCAGGAUUUGGUGAUGCGGGAUGUGCAUGGGAAAAAACUUGUUUUUGCUCUUCAUUCCGAUGGACUGUUACGAGUUUGGGAUCUCUUUCUCCAUAGCAGAAUUUUGAGUCAUACACUAAACAUCCUGUCAUUACCAAGGGCCAUGUUGAAAAAACUGUGGGUGGGUGAUGCAAAUAAUGAGAUGAAUGUAAUUCCUUUGGCCAUCCUGUACAGGAACAAUAUGGAAGAUACCAUGGAGACUAUAGAUGUAUAUGGUAUUCAUUUUGGCAUCGGGGAGAGGUCCAUCUUGUCAGUGAAAACUUUAAUCCAAAACAUCCAUUUUGAGGAGGGGGGAUGUAUUGAUGCCAAACUUUCUUCAGAUGAUAUAUGGAUUUUGAAAGAAAAUUCUCUGGUAUAUCGUAGCUUGUUUCAUGCUGAUACUGAUAUGGAGGAAGAAUUGUGUUAUACACUGCAGGAAGAAUUUGUUGUGGAUCAGCUAUUUCAAAGUCCCGAACGUUUUUCAGAUGAUCUUCUUUGGAGUACAUGUUCAUUAUUACCGUUAAUGAAGGAUAAUGCUGUUCCGUUGCUCUCAUCUAUCUUCUUGGAUAGACUUCUUCAUCCAGGGGUUUUCAAUGAUAGUGUUCUCCGUGCUACUAUGAUGGAUUAUAACAGGUGUUUGACUGAUUCUGAGCUGGAGUCUUUAACGAUUGAUGGCCUGAAAAAGGAAAUUCUCCUGCUGGUUGAAUAUGAGGGUGUAAAUGAAGCGACGCAAUCAACUUUUUAUCGCUGGAAGAAUUUCUGCAAUCGCUAUUUUCAUUACUGGUGUAAGAACAAUGCCCCGUUAGGGUUGCUUCCUCAGCUUCCUGAUGGUGGAGUUGGUUUGGUCCGCAGAAGUUCAAUUUCCUUCUUUCGUUCAUUAGAGGAAAUUGAGCUAUUUGUUACUGGUUCGGAUGAAAUAAGUGAUAUUGUAAAGUUAAGUUUUAGCUCUUCAGAUGAUGGGGUUGAGAGUGAAGUUCUUGCUGAAAUUUUUGGCUGCAUGAAUAGCAUUGGCCAACAGUUUGGGAAAGCAGCUUCUGCAGUACUGUAUGAAGUACUUGUCAGCAUGCCGUCAAUCACUUCUGAAGAAAUUUUCUCUUCUCUACUGAAGACACUACAAACUGGAUAUAGUUCUAAAGGAGUAUCACCUAAUGUAUCUGAUGUGGCAUGGGAGAAGGACCCAAUAGAUCACAAGAGUCUUAGGAGAUUUUCUACUGAUAUCCUGUUGACUCUCCGUCAAUUAAACAACAAAGCUUCCUCAUGGGGCAAAGUCUUGGAAGUUGUGGAAGGAUAUUUAAAACUUCUUGUGCCACACAAGGUCGUACAAGAGAUGGAUGAUCAAGCAUCUUUAAAUAUCUGUACUUCCAUUGUAGUCCAGGCUACUUCCCAAAUUGCUAAGGCGAUGUUUGAGUCUGCAUCAGACCUUCUUCUGUUCCUAUCUUAUCUGGUUCACCUAAGUGGACAGAUCAAUAUGUCCCAGGAUGAUGUAUCUAGAAUCCGUUUGGAGCUGGUUCCAAUGAUUCAAGAAAUUAUUGCUGAAUGGCUGAUUAUUCAUUUCUUUGCUGCUACGCCAUCUGAAUCAUAUGCAGUUGAAGAUUUCAGUAGUCAGCUGUCAUCACUAAAGAUUGAUAGCAGCUCAGCUCGGGGUUCAUGGGAUGAAAAGCUUGGCAGAAGUGACUUUGUCUUGGCCUCUAUACUUUUGUUAAGUAGUCAUAGCUUUUCUGAAGGUCUUGAUAUGUCUCUUCCUGAUCCUCAAGUUGUUACAAGUACUGUAAGGAGAUUUACGAGCUGGAUAAUAUGGGGCAUGAAUGGAGAUGAUUCUUCUGCUUUCUUGAGUCAUUCUACUGAGCUUGCUUUGAUCUUGAUCAGACAUGGGCAGUAUAAAGCUGCUGAGCUCCUUCUUAGCAUAGUGGAAGCCCAUUCCCGAAAGGAAUACAGUUCUACCAGUCUGCAGGAUGAAAGUGGUGAUUGGUGCGUAGUGCAUCAUCUUUUGGGAUGUUGCCUUCUCUAUCAGGCACAUGCAUUACAUGGAUUCGUGAAAGAGAGGAAAAUCUCUGAUGCUGUUCGCUGUUUCUUCAGAGCUUCAUCUGGAAAAGGUGCAGCCCGGGCUUUGCAGAAACUAUCUCCAGAAACUGGAUUACCACCGCUUCAUUCCCCUGAUUGUGUAUCACCUGCUGCCUGGAAGCUUCAUUACUAUCAGUGGGUCAUGCAGAUUUUUGAGCAACAUAACAUUAGUGAAGGUGCUUGUCAGUUUUCUUUUGCCGCACUUGAGCAAGUAGAUGAAGCUCUCAAUAAGAGAAUCGAUGGUUAUGAUGGGGACGCAUUGAAUGAAUCAACAACUGCUAUCAGCGGACGGCUUUGGGCAAAUGUGUUUAAGUUCACAUUGGAUCUUAAUCACUUCUAUGAUGCAUAUUGUGCUAUUAUCUCAAAUCCUGAUGAGGAGAGCAAAUACAUCUGCUUGAGGCGUUUCAUAAAUGUUCUUUUUGAGCAUGGUGCAUUGAAGAUUCUCUCUAAUGGUCAACUGCCAUUCAUUGGUUUAGUGGAAAAGGUUGAGCACGAGCUCUUUUGGAAGGCAGAGCGGUCGGAUAUUCUGAUGAAGCAAAAUCCAUACAAGUUUCUCUAUUCUUUUGAGAUGCAUCGGCAUAAUUGGCGAAAAGCAGCGAGUUACAUGUAUCGAUAUACAGCUCGUUUGAGGACUGAAACCAGUUUAAGAGAUAAUCAGCAGUCCUUUCUCUCAUUACAAGAACGGUUGAAUGGGCUUUCUGCUGCUAUCAAUGCACUGCAUCUUGUUCGCACAGCACAUGCUUGGAUUGAGCCACCACCUGAGGAUAUCUCAUUUGACCAUGAGCCUUAUCCGAGUAAAAAGGCUAGAAAGGCAAUUGAACCACAGACUGCUGCUAAGUCCAUCCAGCCCCAAAAUUAUAAUUAUCUUGACAUCGAGAAACUUGAGAGGGAGUUUGUGAUCACAUCAGCUGAAUAUUUGCUUUCACUUAGCAAUGUCAAAUGGUCAUAUUCAGGAGAUCCUGCUGCUCCUUCAGAAUUGGUCGAUAUCUUGGUCCAAACAAAUUUGUAUGAUAUGGCUUUUACUGUUCUCCUGAAAUUAUGGAAGAAUUCAGGGCUAAAGAGGGAAUUGGAAAGAGUUUUCUCUGCUAUGUCAUUGAAGUGUUGUCCCAAUGCUGUUGGUUCUCCAGUCACUGGGAAAGAUUUCAAAAGACAAGGUUUAUUGCUGACAUCAACAAUAAAUGAAGAUGCUGCGCCUGGUUUGUCUGAUUUGGGUAGUGGAACUCCACAAUACACGGGCAAUUCUCACUGGGAAAAUCUUGAGCUUUAUCUGGGAAGGUAUAAGGACUUUCAUGCCAGAUUGCCUGUUGUCGUUGCUGAAACUCUUCUUCGUACAGAUUCUCAAAUUGAACUCCCCCUUUGGCUAGUGCGUAUGUUUAAGGGCAAUAGAAAGGACACGAGCUGGGGUAUGGCUGGGCAUGAAUCAAAUCCAGCGUCUUUGUUUCAGUUGUUUGUUGAUUACGGAAGAUACACAGAAGCUACACAUCUGUUGCUGGAGUACAUCGAAUCAUUUGCAUCUGUGAGGCCUGCGCAUGUAAUUCACCGCAAAAGGCCAUCCGCUAUGUGGUUCCCCUAUACGAUUGUGGAGCGACUGUGGUGCCAUCUUGAGCAGUUGACCAGGUCUGACCACAUGGCUGGACAGUGGCAGAAGCUGCAAAAAUUAUUACAUGGGGCACUUCUUAGCCAUCUCAAGCAGAUAAAAGUAGAUUCGGAGGAUGCACUCUCUUCUGCAGUCAAUUGAGAUACUUACAAGAACUUUCCACCAAAUUUGGAUGAAGUGAAUGUUCUCGACAGUGGAGCUUAGACCAGCGCGACUCUGUUGAUGUCCAUACAUUUUCGUUUUUCGCUGAGACCGAUGGCAUACUGCGGAUGUAUUGGAGCAGUGAGGGGAGUAAUUUAUAUGCUGAGAUCAAUAGACAGCCGCUCUAUGUAAAUUGUAGGAAUGGCCUGUCUAAUGUUGUCUUGGAGUUGGUAAGUUUAGGCAAGCUACCUCUGCAUACCUAUCCAUCAUGAUGUCCGGGGAUUGGCAGCGAUACGGCCUUGUGUUAGUGUAAAAUGUCAUGAAAGUGCAAUGUUCUUGUACAGUUGAUGUGAGCUAUCAUAUUCGGUCUUCUUUCAACGAGUCUUUUAUUUAGUAUAAAAGCAUCAUAUGCAUAUUUAAGUCA